AUGGAAGAAAGGGAGCAACCCCUGGGGGACCAGAAGGGAGAACAUGUGGACGCAGAGCUGCAGAAAGGAGAGGAAGAAGAGAGAGAAGAAAAGGAAGAAGACACAAAUGAAGUGAGUCGUCAGCGUGUGCUCUUGACAGAGCGCGCGAGUUGUCAGGAUCCAGUGGAGUUGUUCGCGAAUGACGAAGCUAUCCAGGAGCAAAUUCGCUUCCUCGAGACCGCUGAACCUUCUCUCGGCCCCGCGGCCGUUGCCGCUCAGCGCAGGCGAAGCCAGCUCGGCGAGGCGAGGCGCGACGCAGCUGGGUGGAAGGCUGAGGACGCGGAGAGACAACGCGAAGACGGAGGCGGUGCGUCGAGCCCGUCACUGAACUCCGCAGGCAUCGUCAACAUGUUGCUUAAGCAUGACAAAUUCGUCGCUAGACCCAAGCUCGUCUUCCAGAACGGCGAGUACAGGCAGGAAGACCGGACCGAAGACGAACUCGUUGCAGAUUUGCAGCGUCUUAUGCGCGACUCGCCUCACGUUGUCCUUGAGCGUCAUGGGGCGUGCUUCGAGGAGGAGCAUCUGAGGUUCUUCAAGGAGGAGUUUGCGGCCUCACCGGAAGUCCAGUUCUAUGUGAAGUCCCUCGCUGACAAAUCGUCUCCGGGAGAGAGCGAAAAGAUGAGAGCAAACCGGCGCCUGGCGAAGAUGCGGCAGCUCGUCGCUGACGGCGAAUUUUUCUCGGAAACUGCGAUGCAGGCGAGGCAGCCUGCCCUCUACCACGAGUUUGUCGGCCGCUAUACCGCCGUCCCGAAUCCGAUGCGCUCUUCUGAUUCACCUGGCUCUUCACCGGAGUCGUCUUCCUCUUCGUCCUCGUCUUCCUCGCCAGCUGCUUGUCUCUCGUCUCGGCCGUUUCGGGCUCCACAGGCUCUGGUGUCCUCUCGGCUGCAUGCGGCUUCGAGUCCUGGCGCCGCGAAGCAUGAGGAAAAGACGUUUUUUUCUGCAGAUCCGCGGUCUCUCAGCUCCUGUCUCCUCAACGCAAUGGACAACCGCGAGAUGCGGAGACAGGCGGAAGAAGAACGCGGCAGAUGGUUCCUGCAAGACGAGGAACUUCUCGCGCACAUCGACGGAGGAAGGACACUGAAGACCCUCCAGGAGGGCCGGCCAGCUCGCAGGCCGCACGCGCGUCGAGAGGAGAGAGGCGGAAGACGCGGUGCGCAGGAGGCAGCUGAGAGCCUGAGCGGCGUAGACCUCGACGAGGACGAGGACAGUGAUGACUUCGAGAGCGACUGGGAUUCCGAGGAAGAAGAAGUGGGGGAAUCUGUGCCGCGCGGCUGUCGCGGAGUCGCGCCAGUAGGAGGCAAGCGACGUCGGCGUUUCGUUGAUGCCACCGCCUACGCUCAGAAACAACAAGACUUCCUUCUGCUCAUGCAAGAGAAAUUCCUCGCCGGGCACGAUGCUCGCCACAUUGACUACGACGCCAUUGACAACGACGAGGCGCUCGACGAUCUCCAGGAGAUGGGCAGAGAUUUGGAAGAACAGUACUUCUGCGGCGAAGAAGACUCGAGCGAGGAGAGGGAGACGAGGAAGCCGGCGCAUGGAGACACUGCCGGCGACGCUGCUUCGGCCCGUUUGCACUUUCCCACGUGGACAGACGCCUGA